AAUCCAUCUCCUACUUCGGUACUAUUCUGUUUUCUACCAAAUUCUCUUCCAUCGUCAAUCAAAAAGUUCUUUUCUCUGACCUCUUUUCUUCUCCUCCCAUGAAUAAUUUGAACCAUGAUUCCUAUUCUUCCUUGUAGAUACACAAUGGAAGGAAAUGGUGCCUUUUUUGCUUGACUUUGGAUAGAGCCUAGUUGUUCCAAUGAUGGUAAAUUGAGGAACAAAUCAUGUUUCUUCUUCAUUGAAUCAAAUUAUAUAGGUGUAGAUUUACAUAGCUCUUAGAAAACAAAUAAAAUUAUAUAUAACUAUUGCUAGGUGUAAGGUUGUAGCUUGAGCAAUAUAAAUUGAAAGAAAUGGCUUCAUUGACUAACCAACCUUCCAAGAAAAGUAUGCGGAAUUCUGGCGAGAAGCCGACUAUAAAGUUUGCAAGACGAACAUCGAGUGGAAGAUAUGUUAAUUUGUCAAAAGAUGACAUUGAAAUGUCUUCAGAAGUAUCAGGAGAUUAUAUGAAUUAUACUGUUCAUAUUCCUCCUACCCCUGACAACCAACCAAUGGAUAAUACUUCUGUGGCAAUGAAAGCUGAAGAACAAUAUGUUUCAAAUUCUUUAUUUACCGGUGGAUUCAAUAGUGUAACAAGAGCUCAUCUAAUGGACAAGGUAAUUGAUUCUGAGGUGACUCAUCCUCAAAUGGCAGGGGCUAAAGGAUCUUCUUGUUCAAUUUGUGAUGGUAAAGUUAUGAGGGAUGAGAGAGGAAAUGAUGUGACUCCAUGUGAGUGUAGGUACAAGAUUUGUAGAGAUUGUUUUAUGGAUGCACAAAAAGAUACCGGUAUGUGCCCGGGUUGUAAGGAGACUUACAAAGUAGGAGAAUAUGAAGAUGAUGGCAAUGAUUAUCCAAAUGGAGCAUUGCCAUUACCGGCGCCAGGUUCCAAACAGAACAUGUCGGUUAUGAAGAGAAAUCAAAACGGAGAAUUUGAUCACAAUAAAUGGUUGUUUGAGACCAAAGGUACCUAUGGAGUUGGAAAUGCUUAUUGGCCUCCAGAUGAUGAGGACGAAGGUGAUGUUCUAAAUGAUGGAGUAUUUGAUGCUGCUGAGAGACCUUGGAAGCCUUUGUGCAGAAAAACACCAAUUCCAUCUGGUAUCAUAAGUCCAUAUAGACUGCUUAUUGCUGUUCGCUUAGUCGUGAUGUUCUUCUUCUUACAUUGGAGAGUGGUGCAUCCAAAUGAUGAUGCAGUAUGGUUGUGGCUCAUGUCAAUCACUUGUGAAAUAUGGUUUGGUUUCUCAUGGAUACUCGAUCAAAUCCCAAAGCUUUGUCCGGUUAAUCGAUCGACAGACCUUGAAGUCCUUCACGAGAAAUUUGACAGUCCAUCACCAUCCAAUCCCACAGGAAGAUCUGAUUUGCCCGGUGUUGAUCUUUUUGUGUCAACGGCUGAUCCGGAUAAAGAGCCACCUCUUACAACUGCCAAUACUAUUCUUUCCAUAUUAGCAGUUGAUUACCCUGUGGAGAAGCUUGCUUGUUAUGUUUCAGAUGAUGGAGGUGCUCUCUUGACUUUUGAGGCCAUGGCUGAGGCUGCGAGUUUUGCUGAUUUAUGGGUUCCGUUUUGUCGCAAACACAACAUUGAACCAAGGAAUCCUGAUUCUUACUUUGCCUUAAAAGUCGAUCCCACUAAAAACAAGAGUAAACUGGAUUUCGUGAAGGACAGGAGAAGGGUGAAAAGGGAGUACGAUGAGUUCAAAGUGCGCAUAAAUGGCCUUCCGGAUUCAAUUAGGAGAAGAUCUGAUGCAUUUAAUGCAAGGGAGGAAAUGAAGAUGAUGAAACAUAUGAAGGAGAGUGGGGCUGAUCCUUCUGAGUCGAUCAAAGUAUUAAAGGCCACCUGGAUGGCUGAUGGCACCCACUGGCCUGGAACUUGGGCUGUUUCUUCUAGGGAACAUGCUAAAGGGGACCAUGCAGGAAUACUUCAGGUGAUGCUAAAGCCUCCUAGUCCUGAUCCGUUAAUGAGAAGUGCAAAUGACAAGAUCAUAGAUUUCACUGAAGUGGAUACACGUUUGCCAAUGUUUGUAUAUAUGUCCCGAGAGAAGAGGCCAGGUUAUGAACACAACAAGAAAGCUGGGGCCAUGAAUGCACUUGUUCGAGCAUCUGCAAUCUUAUCAAAUGGACCAUUCAUUCUCAACCUUGAUUGUGAUCAUUAUAUUUAUAAUUGCAAGGCAGUACGUGAAGGAAUGUGCUUCAUGAUGGACAGAGGCGGCGAAGACAUAUGCUAUAUUCAGUUCCCCCAAAGAUUUGAAGGUAUUGACCCCUCAGAUCGCUACGCCAAUCACAACACUGUAUUCUUCGACGGAAACAUGAGAGCCCUCGACGGUCUCCAAGGCCCAUUCUAUGUGGGAACCGGGUGCAUGUUCAGAAGAUUUGCAUUGUAUGGAUUUGACCCUCCCUCGGGUGAGUGGGAUGCGAAACAUGCUAAAAAUAAUACUGCCGAAGAAGUCUGUGAAACAACACCAGCUUUGAAUGCUAGUGAGUUUGAUCAAGAUCUAGACAUAAACCUGCUGCCUAAACGUUUUGGUAACUCAACCAUGUUGUCUGAGAGCAUACCUAUCGCUGAGUUCCAAGGUCGUCCUCUUGCUGAUCAUCCUGCCAUCAAGUAUGGACGCCCACCGGGUGAAUUGAGGGCCCCUCGCGAACCACUCGAUGCUAGUACCGUAGCUGAAGCUGUUUCUGUGAUUUCUUGUUGGUAUGAAGACAAGACAGAAUGGGGAGAUAGAGUGGGAUGGAUUUAUGGAUCAGUGACAGAGGAUGUUGUUACAGGAUACCGUAUGCAUAACCGUGGAUGGCGUUCUGUGUAUUGCGUAACCAAACGAGAUGCAUUUCGUGGAUCAGCACCAAUUAACCUUACUGAUCGACUGCACCAGGUGCUGCGAUGGGCCACCGGUUCCGUUGAAAUCUUCUUCUCCAAGAACAAUGCAUUCCUAGGCAGUAAGCGCCUAAAACUUCUACAACGUCUCGCUUACCUCAAUGUUGGAAUCUACCCCUUCACCUCCCUCUUCCUCAUUGUGUAUUGCUUCCUCCCAGCACUCUCAUUGCUCUCUGGAUUUUUUAUCGUGCAAACUGUCAGUAUUGCUUUCUUAGUCUACUUGCUCACCAUGACUAUAUGCUUGGUGUUGCUAGCCAUUCUCGAGGUUAAAUGGUCUGGCAUAGAGUUAGAACAGUGGUGGAGGAAUGAACAAUUUUGGCUCAUUUCCGGCACUAGUGCUCACUUCGCCGCUGUCAUACAAGGACUCCUAAAAGUGGUUGCUGGAAUUGAGAUUUCCUUUACUUUGACAGCUAAAUCAAGCGGAGAAGACGACGAUGAUAUUUUCGCGGACUUGUAUAUAGUCAAAUGGACCUCUCUAAUGAUUCCACCCAUUGUUAUUGCUAUGGUAAAUGUGAUUGCUAUCGUUGUGGCAUUUUCACGAACAGUUUAUAGUGCAAAUCCACAAUGGAGCAAGUUCAUAGGAGGAGCAUUCUUUAGUUUUUGGGUGCUUGCUCAUUUGUAUCCAUUUGCAAAAGGGUUGAUGGGAAGGAGAGGGAAGACUCCCACCAUUGUGUUUGUGUGGUCAGGUCUCAUUGCAAUUACACUUUCUUUGCUUUGGGUUGCUAUUAGCCCGCCACAGGCUGGUGCUGGCGGCCAAGGUGGUGGUGGAGACUUUCAAUUUCCAUAAAAUGAUAAUGGGAGUGCUUAUGGAUUUGAAGCCUUGGGGGUUUCAUCUUAGUAUAUGUAUGUUUCUAACAAUAGUAAUGUGUCUUUGUAAAUCUAGCUCUAUAGAUAUGAUAUUUUGGUGGCAUAUUGUAAUAGGCUUUGGAGAAUUGCUUUUUAUUUGAUUGUUGUUUAGAUCAUAGACUUGAUCAUGUAAUGUAUUGUUGAUCAUUUUACACUUAUUUUUUUCUUUCAA